AUGUCGCUCAAUACGCUACUGCUCGACAAGCUGCAGCCAUUGCGGCCUACAUUGGACCGCGACAUCAAAGCCGGCGCCGUCCUUGUUGCUAUUUUACAUCAUAGCAAGACGCCGGAAGAUCGCAUUGCGCAGUAUGACGCGCUGUGGAUCAAAUGCCCAUUGAUCAACACCGUGGAUAAACUGGUUGCAGCCUACGAGAAGGCCCACAAAGACGCUGGAACCAUAGUGCUGAUGCAAGAGAACAAGAUAGUGCCUGGUAACACGAUCGUGUCCUCGCUCGUUCGGGGUUGGCCUUCACUCGUGGCUCUCGAGGCUAUCAGUCGCAAGGAAGUCGCAAGAAGAACAUCAGCCUCCACAAGCACAGUACGUUCUCCACUUGUCAACAUCACCAAUCAGGCGCCACGAUCAGGAUCUCUGCCAACAGAGAAGAAACCAAUCGCUGUCGAGGCCUCCGAACCUGUGGACCAGACAACUGGGCGUGGUGUAUCGACACCAGCGUUCACGACAACCGCGUCCCCAAUCCCCACACAAACAAGUGCUCCUCCGGUUCGAUCGAGUCUCACGCCAGAAACGAACGAUGACGCAUGGCUCAAUGAUGUCCUUGCAGCCUGGGACGACUUUCUCGCAGAGCAGUUCAGCUACUAUGCUUACGUCGCUAGUCGAGGUCUCCGCUGGGAGCUGCCAGAUGUCGCCAAAGUCCAUGAACAGAUCCUCAGCACAUGGAAGAGCCUGUCUCGCGGUCAGCUAAGAUAUUUUCAAGAGCGCAGUGUGAGGAUCCGGCCAUUCACAAAUCCUGUAGAACGUAUGUUCAAGACUGAAGGCAUCAAAUCUGAUCCGCAUGCUACAUUUGAAGCGACAAAGGCAUUCUUCGACCUAGUCCUCUCGCAGUGGCACGGAGUGAACCACAUGAGUGUUCGCGCGGAACACUAUCGAGUGGUCGAACCUAGCUAUGACACCAUUCAGGCGAGAGGUCUGCACAUCUUACCACGAAGUUCUCCCGACCAGAUCUCGCCGACCGGUGAUGGUGGAGUCUUUCAAUCCGUACACGAGACACCUGAAAAGCCGCGUGGGACAGAUGGACGGUUCAUCAGCAAGACGACUUCCAGUCACGAGUCAGGUGCCGACCAUUCAAAAAAUGUUGUGUCAAGCCCCGCUCAGCCAGAGAAGAGAGAUGUGAUACAGGAAGAGGACUUCAAUGUUGCAGAAGAAGCACUCGGCUCCCAGCAAACCAAUCAGGCUCGCCUGAACAUGGCAGAGCUAUUCGAUGGUAGAAGCCCCGAGCAGCUGGAGAAAAGCGUCGAUCGUGGCGUUGAGCUUCUCGCUGCAAUACAGAAGACCAUCGACAGUCAGCCGUCGAAGGAGACAGAACACUGGUUGAAAGCGCUUGAGAAUGUACAGAAGCAAGCAACGCGUUCGAAGACAAUCGUGGGCGUGGUCGGAGCAACUGGGGCUGGCAAAUCCUCCGUGAUCAAUGCUAUGCUCGACGAGGAGCGCCUUGUGCCGACGAAUUGUAUGCGCGCUUGUACGGCGGUUGUAACAGAGAUCUCGUACAACUACGACGGCGACGGGUAUCGUGCAGAGGUGGAGUUCAUCUCCAAAGAGCAAUGGCGAAAGCAACUGGAGGUGCUCUUCCAGGAGCUCCUCGAUGCGAGCGGGCAUGUCUCCAGAGAAUGCGCCAACGAGGAGAGCGAAGCUGGCGUUGCAUAUGCUCAAAUCAAAGCGGUAUACCCCCUCUUGACGAAAGAGGAGAUGAAGCAUUCGUCAGUGGACAAAUUGAUGAAUCAUAUCAACGUGCGCUGUCUCGGUUCUACGAGAGAAGUCAGCCACAACGACUCGCUUAUGUUUUACCGGAAAUUACAGAGCUAUGUGGACAGCAAAGAGAAGACCGGUGCGAAGAAAGACAACGGACCGGAACAAGAGUACUGGCCAUUGCGUGUUGUCAAGAUCUACGUCAAGUCCCGUGCUUUAUCGACCGGAGCAGUGAUCGUCGACCUUCCAGGUGUACACGACAGCAAUCAAGCGCGUGCCGCUGUUGCUCAGAACUACCUUCGGAACUGCUCUGCGCUUUGGAUCGUCGCACCGAUUACACGCGCCGUUGAUGACAAAAGCGCGAAGAACUUACUCGGCUCUGCGUUCAAACGUCAGCUGAAGAUGGAUGGAGGCUUCUCCGACGUCACUUUCAUCUGCUCAAAAACCGACGACAUCAGCAUUUUCGAGGCGACAGAUUCUUUGGGCUUAGAAGGGGAGCUAGGUCCGAUGUGGAGUCAGAGUGAAGAGCUGCAGCAGAAGAAGAAAGACCUGAAGCUUCAGCUCGAUGACCUCAAACAGACCAAAUCAGACAUGCUCGCAGCAACAGAAGCAGCAGACGAGCUUGUGGAAAUUUGGGAGAACUUAUCGGAGCGAUUGUCUGAAGGUGAGACUGUUUACGAACCCAAGGAUAUGUCUCAGAAACGCAAGCGGGAGCACGGGCCGGAGCGAUCUCGAAAGAAGGCGAAGCGCAGCGGUCACGACUCAGAUGACGAUUUCAUCGACGAUGGCUCUGAUGAUGGCCACAGCGAAGUUGACUCUGCCACAGAUUCAGCAGACGUAGAAGAAGAGUCUGGUGUCCCGCUCACAGAAGAAGCCAUAACACAGAAGUUGGCAGAGCUUCGUGCGACCAAAAAGGAGGGCCGUCAGGCUCGUGCAAGAAUGGACGACCAAAUCAAGCAGGCCAAACGAGACAUCGAUGCCGUCGAUAAAGAAAUUCGAGCGAUAGAUGACGUUAUAUCGGCCAAGUGUAUCGCUGGUCGCAACAACUACUCGCGCGAAGCAAUCCGACAAGACUAUGCGGCUGGCAUUCGCGAAAUCGAUCAAGAGCUCGCCGAGGAAGAGGAUGCUGCAAACUUCAACCCGGACGAGGAACAGCGCGAUUACGAAGAGGUCGCCAGAGACCUCCCUGUGUUCUGUGUAUCCUCACGAGCCUAUCAGAAGCUCCAAGGUCGUCUGACCAAAGAUCGUAAGCCUCAAGGGUUUCGAGAUAUCGCAGAGACCGAGAUGCCCUUACUUCAAGAACAUUGCAUUCAACUGACCACCAAGAGCCGUCUGACCUCAUGUCGACGAUUCCUGACCAGUAUGUUCCAGAUUCUCAACUCACUGCGUUUGUGGGCGUCCAACGACGGCUCUGGGCGAGUCAUGACACAAGGUCAGCUAGCUAGAGAAGAGCAGAUCUUGAAAGAGAAGCUCAAGAAGUUGGAUAAUGCCCUCGACAAGGCAGUCGAAAUGCUCGUCGCCGACCUGUUGCAUGACAUCAAAGACAAGAUUUACGAUGUGCUGCCAGCCGCAAUCCAAGCCGCGAAAUCUAAAGCAAACGACGCUGCGGGUCAGUGGUCGGCUCACCGUGAUCGGGGCGGGCUUGUCUGGGCUACGUACAAGGCUACUGUGCGACGCGACGGAGUCUUCACAAAUGCUCGCGGCCCUCAUAACUUCAAUGCCGACCUGCUAGAUAAGUGGCCGAUGAACGCCAGAUCGAUGAAUGCUGACAUAGGCUCGCAGAACCGCUCAUGCAACGUCUCACAGGACCGUGGGAAACAAUCUUCACACGUCGUCUUCCUGGAGAAACGAGCCAUCCGUAACGGCGCCUCUAUUGCCAGCUUUCAGAUGCUGAAACAGCAGAUCCCCGUGUAUAAAGAGACGCUUGUGAACAUUGUGGGUGAUGCACGGACGUUGAUCACUGAAAAGCAGCGCGAGGUCAAUCGGGACUUCGAGCCACGCCUCACGGAUAGUAUGAGACCUGCAUACGACCUGUGCGUCAGGGAGUCUGGGCCAGGCAGCUUCAGGAGAAUGAAGGGUCAUAUGUCGGGACACAUCACGCAAGAGAAGAAGUCGAUGUUCAAUGAUUGCGUCGACCACGUCCGUGGUCUGAUCAAGAAUCUGUUGAACGAGGUCGAGGAUAUGCUGCUGACCAAGACCGAUGAGAUCUACAUGGCUGUCGAACGCGAAUACACCAGCGUCGUCGUUGGCCAGGACUGCACGAGUGACGGACUGCCUCGAGAACAACGCAUCCUGCGGAAAGCUGUUCUGGAGCUUCUUGAUGGUGCUGAGAUGAUCUUCAAGCGAGCUGUCGGCCUUGAGCCGGAGGUUGAGGAAGUCGUCGAAGAGCAGGAGGCCGUGGAAGAAGUCGAGGAGGGCCCAAAAGGCUCGACAAUGGAGGAUACAGUCGCCGUCAAGGCGGAACCGCGAGAAGACGCCGACAUGGCAGCAGCUCAAGUUGGUAUGGCUCAGACCCCGGUCGAGACUGCCAUCGUCAAGCUUGAAGUCGAUGCGGCUGGCCGUGCAGACAUUCUGGUGGAGCAAUCAAACGCGGAAGAGCUUCAAGUUGGUGUCGCUGAAGCGAACCAGCUUGUUCCGACCACCGAGAACAACGUCGAGAUGAUCGCAGUGGCAGCGGAUGAUGGGGUUGUCGUCAAGGACGAAAUGGCCACGACUUCAUCAAUAACUGCCCUCAACUCGAAAUUUGAUGUCGUCGAUCAUGAAUAUGACGCCGUCAUCGUCGGUGCAGGAGGUGCUGGCCUUCGUGCCGCCGUGGGUCUCGCUGAAAGUGGGCUCAAUACCGCCGUGGUCACCAAACUAUUCCCCACAAGGUCGCAUACGGUAGCUGCUCAAGGCGGUAUCAAUGCGGCCCUUGGGAACAUGACUGAAGACGACUGGAGAUGGCACAUGUACGACACUGUCAAAGGAUCGGACUGGCUGGGCGACCAAGACGCUAUUCACUAUAUGUGCCGUGAAGCACCCCGAGCUGUACGCGAACUGGAAGAGUACGGCAUGCCCUUUAGCCGGACAAACGAAGGCCUCAUCUAUCAGAGACCGCUUGGAGGUCAGAGCUUGAAGUAUGGCGAAGGUGGUCAGGCUUAUCGGACAGCUUGUGUGGCUGAUCGGACAGGGCACUCAAUGUUGCAUACCUUGUAUGGACAGGCGCUCAAGCAUGAUUGUCAGUUCUUGAUCGAGUGGUUUGCGCUGGAUCUUAUGAUGGAUGGUAAUGACUGCGUUGGGCUCACUGCUAUUGACAUGGAGACUGGCACUUUGCAUCGUGUAUUUGCGAGGAACACCAUUCUGGCGACGGGUGGCUACGGUCGAGCUUACUUCUCGGCUACUAGUGCUCAUACGUCUACUGGUGAUGGUUUGGCUAUGGCUGCUAGAGCAGGGCUGCCAUUGCAAGACAUGGAAUUUGUACAAUUCCAUCCCAGCGGCAUCUAUGGAGCAGGAGUGCUCAUAUCAGAGGGUGCCCGUGGGGAGGGUGGCUUUCUCUUAAACGGCAAAGGCGAACGAUUUAUGGAGCGCUACGCACCAACAGCGAAAGAUCUCGCUAGCCGCGACGUAGUAAGCCGCAGUAUGAAUAUGGAGAUUCGUGAAGGGAGAGGCGCUGGGCCCGACGCCGACCACAUACACCUCCAACUCUCACAUCUCCCACCAGAAGUACUACACGAACGACUACCCGGCAUCGCCGAAACAGCCAGCAUCUUCUCCGGCGUAGACAUCACCAAAGAGCCCAUUCCAGUGAUUCCGACUGUGCAUUAUUGUAUGGGUGGCAUCCCUACCAAUUGGAAAGGUCAAGUCCUCAACGUUGAUCCCAAGACCAACACCGAAACGCCAGUUUCUGGCCUCUAUGCUGCGGGCGAAGUCGCCUGUGUCUCUGUGCACGGUGCAAAUCGACUUGGAGCCAAUUCACUGCUCGACAUCGUGGUCUUCGGCCGUGCCGCAGCGGGCCACAUCGCCGAAAACAACGAGCCAAACAUGCCCAUAUUUCGACGUGCCGACAGCAAGACCACACCCGACACCGGGAUGGGCGGCUUCACCGACCUCCAACAUUUCCGCAACAGCGAUGGCACACGCCUCACAGCGGAACUGCGCAGCGAUAUGCAGAAAGCCAUGCAGGCCGACGUAGCGGUCUUCCGCAACCACGAAUCCCUAGCCACUGGUCUCUCCCACCUCCAGAAGGUUGAGGAGUCCUUCAACAACGACCUCCUCGUCAAGGACAAAUCCUUGAUUUGGAAUUCCGACCUCAUUGAAACGUUGGAGAUGCGCAAUCUGCUCACCUGUGCAGCACAGACUGCUAAGAGCGCUCUCGAGCGUAAGGAGAGUCGAGGGAGUCAUGCACGGGAGGACUAUAGUGAACGGGAUGAUACGAAGUUUAUGAAGCAUUCGCUGAGCUGGCAGCGAGAUGUUGGGGAAGACAUUGCUGUUGGAUACAGGGGUGUGCAAUUCCAGACACUGGACGAAUCGGAAUGCAAGAGCGUGCCGGCGAAGAAGCGUAGUUACUAG